CCGUGACGGAGGGCACUUUCUCUCUGAGUCUCAUCGUUCAUGGCCAAAGACACCAUAGAAUUGAUAUACGGACGUUUACUUGAUAGUCUUGCCACCUCCAACGUCUUUCAAAAUACCGAUGCCCUGAUUUCUCUUGUUCAAAGCGCCCUCUCUGAUGCCUCCUCUAACACUACCUCCAAUCCCGACAACCGACGUAUGAAAUGGGAAUAUCUCAUCAAGAGAGACGUAUUUCAGCAUGCGACCCUGGAAGGAAAGGCAUUGGCCUCAUCUAGUAAUGAAGAUGCAGAGAAAUAUUAUGCGAAAUUGCAAGAUUGGCUGGAUUUGGCGUUGGUUUUCACAGAACUAGGAGCGACGGAGGCUUCCUACGCGUUUAGCGUCGUCCAGGACUUGCUAGAGACACAGACAAUACCUUCUUGCAUGAAGAUCUUUGAUUGGAUAGAAAGAAGGUCGAGGGACAGGGUGUCGACGAUUAUCAACACUACCACCAGUUCCGUAACUGCAACGUCCUCUAGCUUGUCCUCCGCAGAUCUAGGCUCUGGGCGUCUCACAUCUGGGAUGCAGCCUCAAAAAGGAAAAGCUCUUGUUCUCUUACGAAUGUUGAACGACCUUCUGCGGCGUCUCAGCAAAGCUGGCGGUGAAACGAUAGGAUUUUCCGGCCGGAUUUUGACUUAUCUAAGUCAGGUCUUUCCAUUGGGAGAGAGGAGUGGUGUGAAUUUGCGAGGUGAAUAUGGGCCGACGUGGGAGAUGCCGGUGAGAGAUUCGGAGGAGAAGGAGACCACGGAGAAUGCAGAAAACGAUGAUUUUUACAGUACAUUCUGGUCUAUACAGCUUCCCUUCUCGAAACCUUCGGUUUUUGCUACACCCAAUCCUCCUAUAACUUUUGCACAAUUCCAAGACGCCGUCGAUAGAGUUCUCCCAGUCAUCAAGGAAGCUACGGCGAAGGAGAGAGCGAUGAUGGGUGCUGGAAGGAGUGCUUCCACGAUGGGACCCGCGACGUUGAAGCGGAAACGUGGGCAGGGUGAGGAAACGGUGGUCACAGGAAACGUAAAUAAAAAAGCGAUGGAGUAUUUCUUUGCAAAGUUCUUGACGAGUCCUGAGCUAUUAGACCAGGAGCUCGCAGACACCCACUUCCGUCGCCAAAUACUUUUCCAACUCCUCAUCCUCCUGGAUCACCUUCUUACACAUACCAAAACCGAGAAAGCCAAAUGGAUAACGACCAAAAAUCGGAGUCUUCAUAUGCCCAUUCCGGAGUGGAGCUUGGACGAUGCGUUAAACUAUACAGGUCCCGUUGAUGUUAAUGCGACGAUUGUAACAGGACCCAGUGCAACUUCUGGUCUAGAUGCAAUGAAAGGUACUGGCACGUCAACCUCAGUGACGACCACUGCUGUCACUGGCACAAAGAUAACCGAAAAGAACGCGAAAAAUACCCCUGCGAAACCGUCAAAUUCUAAACCUUCCUCUUUAUCUGCUCCUACUGCUCUCCCUACCGCAUCCGCGACUUCAACUUCUGUGCCCGCCUCUAUCCCACUACCUAGUACGAACACAACCAAUAUCACAACCACCCCGUCCUCCAAUGCACAACACGUAGAUAAACCAGAACGCAUGGAUCCCAUAAAGUGGACGCACCUCACUAUUUCAAGGACGAUCGAAGAACUAAGGCAAACUCAACCUCCUCCCCUCUCAUCUGCAGGCGUAUCCGGCCCUGCUUCCUCUACUGCAGGAGUGACUGCCAUAAAUGGUCUCACAGGCCGGGAAUUCGCCUCUACCGUCCAGUCCCUGCUCGAACGCGAAAAGGGUUGGAUCCGGUGGAAAAACGAAUUAUGUGACGGAACAGUGUUUGAGAAGGGCGUGUGGGAGCCUUCGGACGAGCUACUCGACUCUCUGAAUUCGGUUGAGGGAGGGAAGGACGAGGAAGGUAUGAAGUUGGAUGAUGAAAAUAAAGCGGCUGGGGAUGCUGAGGGGAAGGAAGGAAGAAGGAAGAAGCCGAAGACGAAGACGAUGUAUGAAGCUAGUCGUGGAUUGCGGGCCAAGAUGCGUGGACCGUUUUAUAGCACGGAGGAGAACCAGAGGGACUGGCAGUGGGACCUUGGGACGGAGGCGUUGACGGAAAUUUGGACUAUGGGGUAUCGAGGGCUGGAGGACUUGGAGAGAGGGUUUAGCCCUGGGACACCACACGACUUUCUUCACGAACUUCACCUCCAAGAGCAAAGGAUUGAGCUGCGAACCAAAACCCUCCGGGCGCAUCAGGAACGACGGCUGCAAAUGGAGCGCGCAGCGAGGGAGAAAAUAGAGAAAGCGGAGAGGGAAGCAAAAGAGAAGGAAGCACAAGCGAUGCAUGAGAAGGGAGACGUGGAUAUGACGGAUGUAAAGAAAGAGUGUAAUGACGUGGAAAUGAAAUCUCCAGAGAACGGUUUGUUGCCCUCUGUGAAGACGGAGCUUCUGCCGCAACCGAUUCCGGUCCACGUUUCUUCAAUACACCCUUCGCUACCUCCAAAACCCGGAUCGAGGGCUGUAUCUCCUCUAAAACCUGCGACUCCAGUGCCCAACGCACUGCCAACGUCAGCCCCAGUUGUGUCUACCAUAACCAUGCCAAAGACGACGGCAGUUGCAUCAACUCCAGCACCAACAGUGCUGGCUUUACCACAAGAUGAACAGAUUCGUAAGGCUGAGGAGAACAAAACCCGCAUAACAUGGCUUGCUCUUCGUUCCGCUCGUGAUUCCGCCCAAGGCCAUCUCGUGCAUUUUAGUAAAAUUGGGGCAGGGGAUGUGAGGAUGCUUUGUGAGGAGAUUGAUAAGGCAGAGCGGGAGAGGGAGGAGAAGGAGAAGGCGGAAAAGGACGAGAAGGAAGGUUCAAUGUCUGUUGAUCAACCGGAUGUUGACAAGGAUUUGGAGACCGACGAAAAGGUGGAGAAGGAGGGAGAAUUGGAUCCUCCUGGACUUGGGUUUUCAGGCCCUCAGGUCCAAGAGCUCGAUACAGAGAGUGAUGUUAAGAUGGAAUAGAUGAAAGAGGCUUAUGUCUAACAUGAUCUCAGAGCUAUUUGAUUCUACAGAAUAUAACUUCACCAGAAAAAACAUUUACAGGCUCACCUUUGGGGGACAUUACACCUUGCUUGUGUUACUUCUCACUUGCAGAUAAUAAAUGAAUGCUUGUUUCAGUAGCCAGUAAGCAAAGAUUGUACCUGGGCAGGAAGAUGUGGGAUAGAAACGGCAAGCAGAAAAGCUUAGGGACAAUGCAAUAUGCUGCGAUAUGGUGAGGGAAUUUGUUGUGGGGCUGGUAAAGUGCAGGGUUGGAGUCGGAGUUUGUUAGAUGAAGGGAAAGUAAAAGGGC